UGAAUUCACUUCUACAACAGAAUAAAAAAUGUGACCCGAUCGAUUGAAAGAAUCUGCGAAUAAAUAAAACUGGUGGAUUUUGUAAAAUCCAAGAUGGCCACGAUGGCGGACGAAAUUGAUAUUAAAGAGGAUGAAAUCGAUAUCAAAGAUGAAAUUGAACCUCUUAUCAACAGUUCAAGUGUGUCAAUCAAAAGUGGUUUUAAAGACGAGUUUAGUGACGAACUUGAAGCUGAAACUGAAGAUCAAGACACAGAAAACGACGACUUAAACGAUGCAGAAGAGAUCGUCACGGACGGUGUCAGUCUUGAUGACGAGCAGCAGUUCGUCGACGAUUCUGAGUUGGUUGGUGAUGCUGAUUUGUUGGACGAAACACCCGACAAUGAUCCUCUGAAUAUGACCGAAGAGUUAGAAGAAGAUGGACUUGAAGAUGACGAGGUUCUGGCAGAUGAUCAAGAUGUCGAUAAUACUCUUGAGGAUGAAAUCCUCGAGAACGAAGAGGGAGACGAGGACGAAUCUAUGAACGCAGAGGACGAACCAAUGACCACAGAGGACGAGCAGAAAAAUGGAACGAAGCGUAAAUCCCCUGAUGAUAAAUCGGAUGUUCCAGUCAGAAAAUCCUCCAGAAUUCGACUACGGACAGAUCUCAGGAAAGACCAGGAAGAAAAUGGCCAAGUGAAAAGCGUUCAUGAUACACAGAGAGAGAAAACUAAGAUGCUGCAAAAGCCCACAGAACGUCCAACACGUGUGAACGAAGACGAUGAACAGUCAGAAGGUGAAAAGGUAUCCGACACUGAGAAGGAAGAGGAACCAACUGUAGAGGAUACAUCAAAGGGUGAUAGAUCUCGACAGCCGGGUGUGGGAGCUUCAAGGAAAAUAGAUCAGGACUUUCUUCUUCCUUUCAGAUUGGGUUGGACCCGUGAAGCUUCUGUACGUCAAGUAAAGGCUGGCCCUCCUCAAAUAGAUAUUUUUUACUGGCCACCGAAGGACGGAGAGGACCAUGGAGCAAGGAAUAGGGAGGCCCGGAGAAAGCGACGAUCUAAAGUAGAUCAGGAGAGAUAUUUUGAGGAGUUCCCACAUCCUCAGCUCUCUGUAAAUAACUUUACUUAUGUUCGCAGACCUUUGGAGCUUAAUAAUGAAGCAUAUGAGAUUGUUAGGUAUUCUAAACCGAGUCUAGAGACACGUAGUGACAAGAGAACCCGGGCUGGAAAGAUUGCGAGCUACAAGGAAGUUGCUGAACACGAGGGCCUCUUGUCUUCCAACAGUUCAGAGGACGAGGCUGAGGAGGUUCAAGACAUUACUGAGUUCGACCAGGGGCUCCCACUCUCAUUACAGGUUCUAAGUCGAGUAACCCCGCUCAGAGAGGAAUCCAAGAAGAGACAUAAGUACCCUAAUCGUGACCGUUGUGUGACCCCCCACCUGGCUGAAGAGAUAUCUUGGACUCUACUUGACGAUGAUCCAUUAGGUAUCUACCAUGAGCUUGGAGGGCGGAGUAGUCCUUCAACACCUCCGCCCCUUCGUGCUCUCCGUCUUACUUCACAUCCUACAAUUGCCGCAAUAAAUCAGAAACUAGAUGAAAUUAGAACUGGUUUGGUGGAUCCAAUGCUCCGUAUAACAGAGGGGAACAAGGAUCUCAACAUGAAGGAUAAUUUGGCAUCUCAUGAUGCUGCAAUCAAGAAGUACAAGGACUUUGCACCAGUGGUUCCCUUCCAACACAGAAGCCUGCAUGGCCGACCAGUACAACGAGGAAUAGUUGGAAGAGUUGGAGCUGCUGGUUUCCGUCCCCCACCAUCAGCCGCCAGGAGUUCAAAUACUAACUCAGUCGGCUUCGUCAAGGUUCGACUGCCCAUGUUAUCCACUAACGGUAAACGACCUGUUGUCGAGCUUGUUAUGCUCAAUAACGGCAAAUAUCAACCCAUCAAGUUCACCAAUAACAGACAGGUUACUGAAUCUAUACCAAAGCGAUUGUUUGAUCAAGCAAACUCAAUGCGGAAAACAUUGUAUCAAAGAUCUGUCCAGGUUCCUAAGAUUGGUGCCAAGCAAGUAUUUAUCGCAAUUAACCCCAGUCCUGGAUCUCGACCCUUCCAGAGCAACACCAACGGUUCCCCGGCAAACCGGCAACCGCAGAAACCACAGCAACAGAAACCACAACAACCGCAACAACAGACCAGUAAACCACCCAGUUCUUCAGAUCAGGUGUCCAUUUUGGUUCGGCCUGCACAGGGCGGAAACGCAGUUCUUUUGAACGUUCCACGGCAUGUUGCGCUCAAGGUGAAAAUCGGAACAACUCUCUCAUUUUCUGCCAGCAACGAACAGAAGUACACAGUCAUUGACAACAAGAUGCAUCCACCGGUUGGUAAGGGUCGGCCGCCACCCCCUAGACAAGAACGAAAACCGGCAAUACACACCAUACCGUCACUGCCCUCAGGCGUCAGUAUCCGACCGAUCAAUCGGACGCAGAAUCAUCAGCAACAAAAUCGGCCGCAGGUCGGAAGAACUACUCCGGCCGGCCGUGCACAGCAGUUUGUUCGGCAGAUACAGGCUCAGGUUCGACACAGCUCCCCCCGGCCUAUUCAGACAGCUGGCAGGAAAAGUGGUCCCUCUGUCUCGAAUUUCAGCCCCUGUUCUCCAUUUUGUCCCGGAGUAACAGGGAUACCGGAGUUAGAAUGCUCAUCCUGUCAUUCUCUCUUCCACCCUGUGUGUGUAGGGAUUCCCCAUAAUAGGAUUCAUCUUCUAGCAAGCCUGUUCAGGUGUAAGGCUUGUGGUUCUAACGGUCCUGGGAGUGGAGGAGGAGGAGGAGGAAGUAAAUCUAUUCAAGUUAUAGAUCUAGACUAAACUACCUGGAUAAAGAAGUACUCGUUUCUAUUCCUACCUUCGUAACCUUUCUUAUUCCCACUUGCAAGUAGGAUUUCACUCUCCUGUUAAUGUCCUCCAUUAAAUACCUGGAGUACCCUUUCCUAUUCCCACUUCACAUUAAUACCUGGAGUACACUUUCCUAUUCCCACUUCACUUUAAUACCUGAAGUACACUUUCCUAUUCCCACUUCACUUUAAUACCUGGAGUACACUUUCCUAUUCACACUUCACUGUAAUACCUGGAGUACACUUUCCUAUUCACACUUCACUUUAAUACCUGGAGUACACUUUCCUAUUCACACUUCACUUUAAUACCUGGAGUACACUUUCCUAUUCCCACUUCACUUUAAUACAUGGAGUACACUUUCCUAUUCCCACUUCACUUUAAUACAUGGAGUACACUUUCCUAUUCCCACUUCACUUAAAUACAUGGAGUACACUUUCCUAUUCCAACUUCACUUGAUGUAGGAGAACUGUUUCUCAAUUCUAAGUUUGGGUAAACUAAACUUCUCAAAUCCAAAUGGUAAUCAGAAGUAAUCACUGAUAUCUCAAAACUCAAGACCCCUCUAAGGAAAAUGUGCCUACUCAAGAUUUUUACCUGAAGGCCUAUGAAAACUAUGCACCUAUAAACUAUCAGCCUGUAUCAAGGGUGUGAAUUUAAACUACCCCCGCUCAGCGAACUAUAACUACAGUUUAAAAGAACAUGGAAUAUCAGAUUCAUUAUUCCUUCUGUAACAACUGUAAAGGGAAAAGUAAGAAAAUCUUUCUCAAUUGUUGAAGUACAAUAUUCUUAUCAUUCUAAACUAAACAGUGAACACCCAUUAAGUCUGUUUCUCUCCAUCUUUUGAGAAUUUUUUUAAGUUAAAAAUUUCUGCUAAGACCCCCCCCCCCCUUCCCUCUGUUACUUGAAAAUGAAAUUAAGCUACAUUGGUAUUUGUACUCAAAAUGUAAAAUGUUAAAAAACUAAAACAUUCAAAUUAUCGCGUCAAACUUUUGAGAUUGAUUAAAUGUCGGCCUUUCAGGAUGUCUCAUUUCUGUACAUAAUAUUUCUGUAUAUUUGUCCAUUGUACAUAUUUAAUCUAAUUUUCACAUUUUUACAUUUUACGACUGAACCCCCUCAGUAUUUUUUAUAUAUCUCGUUUUCGAUCGUUAAAAAUCCCAUGUACAAUCCUGAUCAAAUGGCGCAUUUCUAUGUACAAAUAUAUUUAUUUCGCGCCAUAAUUUCGAGACAUUCUGCAAACCCACGGAGCAUUAAAAAUUGUGUUAAAUUAAUUGCAUUUCCUCUAUUUUUAUAUCCGACUUUUGUAUAAGCAUGGUUCAAAAUCAUUUAUGUAUUAUUCAUAUAUCAUAAAUACAGUAGCUACACACACCGUUA